UUGUGUACAAUAUGUAAAUUUGCAAAUAUCUCACUGAUGUAAUAAUAUUGAUUCAUAUGUGCAUGCAUGUGUGUAUCAUAUUUUAUGAAAAAUUUGUAAAUAAAGAUGUGUUCUCAAGUAAACAUGUGUAUACAUAUUUUUAAAACAUGUUAAUUAAAAAUAGUUUGUUACAAUGUAGUUUGUAAAUAAUCUGUCAUUAUUGCUACUUUGACUUUACACAUAACACAUUUUAUACAUAAGUUUUCUCUGUUUAGUUUUUUGUUUACAAAUGAUUCACGUUUUAUUCGAUCCUUUGCCUCGUACAGGCGCUCGAUUAACAAGUGGCUUUGUACAAAAAGAAAGAUUCAUAUUUCUGACAGCUGCGGUGCACCUCACCUCACGCAACCUCGUGGACGCGUGCGCUCGCAAAGGUAAACAAUGGAACGUACCUCCUCCUCGUCCUCGAUGGGUAGAAGCGGCAACGUCGCGCAUACGAUCCAUGUGACAGAGAAGGAACGUGACAAAAGGUGGUGGAGAGUGACGCGCCGCCGUCGCCGCUGCUGUCGAGAUCGGAGCCGUGAGUGUUUGCCCGGGCGAGCCGGGUGUCGGGUGUGUUUUGUGUCUCGCGCGUUCGUUUGCAUCUCGUGUCGUGCGCGUUUUUGAGCGUGUGCGACGUAAUGUAAAAAAAAAUCUAGAAGUUUUACAUCAACGGAGCAUUUUGUGUCGUGGAGAAAAAACAACGAGAAAGACGGGGAAACGAUCGCCGACGACGGAGCGCACGGGGAUUCGAUGGCCGAUCGUCGAUACGACCCGCGACGACAACGACGAACCGCGAAUAUCGAAUAACGACCUGGCAACCGAACGAGCAAAGCUGGCAAACGAGCGUACGAAGGUAGAAACAGGCAGAAAGUUCCACGAUACGUUUACACACACGCCCAGCCAGCGGGUUGCUGCAUCACAUGGGCCGCGCUCAUUCGUCGAUACAGCGGGAGUGACGUCACGUACCGCGCGACGAUUGGCUCGCGGCACGGUGCCCGGACACGUGAAUCGUGGCCAAGCAGGCAUGGCACUUUGAUGCGCAGUGGUUUCAGCACUUGUAAAAUGCCACCGCCACGCGCUAGAUCGAUCAGGUUAUAACCUGCGUUUCGCCGCGCGCUUCGAAACGGUCGGCUUGUCGCGGACGUUUCUCCUUCGUAUCGGUUUGCCGAGACGCUCGGCUACACUCUCUCGAUCCCUCGUUCUAUCGUUUUUCAGCAGCACUAGUGUGACCACGCGCUCUUCACAAGAUCAUACAAAUACGUCGUCAGGAGUGAUAGAUAGAGAGGGAGAGGAAAGAGAUAGAGGGAUAGAGAGAAAGAGAGAGCGAGAAUAAAGUGAGCGAAUUUUAAAGCGGGAAAGAGAGAGAACAAGAGCGAUUAUUUACCGCUGCAGUGUUGGAUCAGGUCGUUGUGUGCGCGGAACGUGCGGGAUCAGAACGUGUUUCAAUCUGUUGCCAGGCGCGGCCGACAGCAGGAGAAAAAAGAAAGCAGCUUACCACCGCUUGGUCCUGCCGAUUCAUCGCCGGCGUCGGCGAACGCCGCAACGCCGGCGGUUUGAUGCGGCGAAGUCAGCAUCACGAUUAUUCAGCGAGCGCAAGUGAACACAAAGAUUCGGAGCAACUCCAUUAUCAUCAUCACCGCCACCUUCGCCAGCUCCCUACUACGUCUGAUACGACGAAACAGUGUAUUGGUCCCAGGAUGAGCCUGGAAACGUUGCUGCAAGCAGCUUACUAUGUCGAACAAGAGGAGAAGAAGCGGGAGCGUCUCGCAAGCACCUCUACCUCUUCCUCUGACCAGCAUUCGUUCGCGUCCGCGUCGCCCCACUCUAAUCACACUUAUACUUCGACUGAGCCACGUGGUGCCAAAUUUAAGAGAGAACGCACAGAAAUAGAUGAUCUCUUUUGUGAAGAGAAGAUGCUGAUUAUCGAUGAGGAAGAACCGCUAGAAAACAACAGGACAAAUGUGUCGAUUGUAUCCCGAGGAAAUCCUGUGGUCUCUAGCACUCGAAUCACGUCGUCCUCAACCGGAUCAAGUUCCGUUCAGCUGACUUCGCUUCAUUCUACGUCUCAUCCUCAUCACACAGUGCAACAACAUCAAUCGCAACAACAGCAACCACAACAUCAUCAAAAUGAUCAUCACAGUACACACAAUCAUUAUAUGGAGAAUCACAAUCCAAAUCAAGCUCAGGCUCAAUGUGUGGGCAAUCUCGUCGUUGAUGUCGAAGCGAGCCACGACAAUAAGAAACAUCGGACUGGACAAUGCGUAAUCCGAUCUGGCACAAGGGAAGUGCACAAUAAGCUGGAGAAGAACCGUAGAGCACAUCUCAAAGAGUGUUUCGAAUUUUUGAAGAGGCAGCUACCCUCUCAAGAUGAGAAAAAGUCUUCAAAUCUCUCCAUUCUCCAUGCAGCAAACAAAUAUAUACAGGCACUGAGGAAAAGAGAACGAGAAAUGGAGCAUGAAAUAGAAAGACUUGCUAAAGAAAAAAUUGCCAAUCAACAGAAACUGGCAGCACUGAAGAAAGAAAUUAACGCAAAUUGGGAUCACAUUGACAUCAAUUCUCUUUUACUGGAACAAAAUUCAGGAACGGACGUAUUGGUAAAAAAUGAAAAUACGGAGAUGGAUGUCACUGGACUACCACGAAAUGGCACAAGGUACAACAAUACAAGCAACUUAAACAGCGUGACGACGACUAGCUCUUCUCAAGUUGUACAACAGCAAUCCCCUAGUACAACUUCUAACAUCCAUCAAGCCACGACUACGGGUAUUGUUUGUCAAACGCAAGAUUUAAAUCAUGCGCGAGGAAGUUCUAGAGAAAGUCCGCCUGUAAGCUCGACUUCUGGAACUGUAUCCACACUUAGCAUCCCUACUUUAACGCAGGAAAAGAUCACCACAUCACCCACCACAAGUAUAGUGCAGCAACCGCAUCAACUGCACUUGCCAAUCAACGCUCAAAUGUUAAACACAACUCAAGGUCUUGCGACAAUUGUACCGACAUUGCAACAAAUCGCGCCUGGUCUUAGGGUGAUACCCGGUGAUACACGGCAGUUGUUGGUUGCUCACACCACUGGAAAUAACGAAGGUUCCAGACCGUUAACGUUAGCAGUACAAAAUUCUUCGGAUCAAUCCAGACCGCUUAUUGCUGUACAACCGAACGCAGGAAAUGAGGCAAGGCCUGUAGCACUGGUCGUUCAUUCGUCCACCGCUAAUGACAAUAGAGUGACGUUAAUGCACUCAAAUCUGUCUAAUAACGAUCGACCGCUGGCGUUAGCCGUGCAGUCGUCUGCGAGUGACGUUAGACCGGUCACUUUUGUACACUCGGGAAACGAAGGCCGACCGUUAGUCCUUGCCACGCAUUCUCCCGCGCUGAAUGUUUCAAACACCCAAACGAGAAUAAGGACGGGAGACGCGCAGACAACACAUAAGAUGGUUGGUGGUGUAACACUAGUUGGAGGUAACGGCUCAGAAUUAGCAAGACUUCCUGGUGGUGCGGAAUUAAAUAUACUUCCUGCAAAUGGAUUAACCUUAAGUCACGCGGGAGUGUCGCUUCAAACCGCCACAGGCAAGCCGGGUUCGACAAUGAUGCAAAACGUUCCAUCUACAGAAAGUAUAGCCCACAUUGUCGGUCAGCACACGCCCCUGUCCGGUUUGACUCCUAUUGUCACACCGAUGACCGUUGUUUCUCAAGGUAACCAAGUAACCGCUCACAUUCUCGCGCCAUCUAGUCUCGCAGGCAAGAUGAUCACUACGCCGAUCCUCAAGUCCGUGGGACAGAUGCCGCUCGUAAACGCUCAAUAUCUCAAUACUACGACUUUGGUCAAACCGGUCGUUGUGGUGAGUUCACCGUCAGCGUCGACGCCCCCGUCGACAACAGCUCCUAAUACGCAACCUCCGUCAACUUCAAACUCGACCGUCUGACAGAAUCAAGGAAAGAUGAGAAAAAUUUGAUCAUGCUGGAAUAUUGAAGUCUGGAUUGUCAAAGUAUCUAUAUUCAUCCGUAGUAGAUCUAUCUUUUGUUGUUUGUUUGUGAGGAUCGGCGAAUCGUUUAAAUACGAUAUUGAGUUGAUUUAGCGACAUUGGAAAAAAAACAAGGCGUAAUCAUCGUGAAAAAUCGUAUACAAGUAAAAUCUUUGUCCGUUAGGCGGACUAUUUUUAACACCGAAGAGGUUUGCGCAUUUUGAACAACUAACUAAAUAUUCGGGCGGUAUCAAAAUUGUUCUGAAAAAAAAAUUUGACUCAGAAAAUGUAAGAGAAAUAUUUCAACAAACGCACACUUCGAAGCAAUGAAUUCGAUUCUGUAAGAGGAGAAAGAGUGUCCUCUUCUAUAUACCGUUCUCUUUCAGUCGUUGAUCGGUCGGCUGCUGGCCUAUUCUGUAACUUUGAAAAGUUACAAUCAGAACGCGCGCGUUGUGAAUCUGCGUAGACAAACGUAUGACAAAAUAGUUGUGCAACAAUAACGAAAGUUUUGUUUAAUAAUUACAGAAUAAUAGAGCUGGAAUAAGUCAGAGUAUAGAAGGGGAAGAGAAAACAUAUUUCCUUCUGCAGAACCGCUUUACUGUUUCGCAGCGUAUAUAGUGCAUGUGAUAUAUACACAGCUUUUAUUAUUCAAGUUAGUUUACCGUAUAAAUUAAAUGUUAAGUUUACUUAAGAAAACCUUUACCAAGUUUCUUAAAUAAACUAUAUACACACAUAUAUCAUAAUAUCGAUCAAUUGAGAUCGAUGUCUUUUCAGGACAUCAAUACGAUGUAUACUUCUCCCCUAAACUUAAGUGACUUCACUUGAAACUGUAGAUUUCUUACGCUUGUGAAAUAUUGAAUCUUGCACAUGAUAAAUGUACACGAUAACAAAUGUAAGAAAGAGAAAAAUUGUCGCAAAAUCCAAAAUUUAUGAGACCUAGGUCCGACUUGGACUGUAACGCCAUUGAGUGGAUAAAUAUUCGAUAAUCACUGAUUUUUUUAAGUUAAUUCCACUUAUAAAAAUUUUAGGCGUAAACAGAUCGAGCACGCGAAGGACUGGAUUGGAAUAUAACAAUUAUGUACUAUGGAUUCUUAUUUCUACAGUCAAAAAACUUUUUUUGUAGUAUGUAUGUAUACGAGGAAUUCUUAAUCAGUUCUUUUUGGUGAAACUUACUUUGACAUGUUGACGUUUUUAAAAUGUUUUUAUAUUAUAUGUACUAUAUAAUAUAUACACACACA